AUGGCUCUAACUACUCCGCCGCGAGCUCUCUUCUUCGAUGUAUUUGGCACGUGCGUCGACUGGCGGUCCACUGUGACUCAGGCUUUGAAUGCGCAGUCACAUGCAGCGCUGAAUUCUGCAACGGCAUCGCUCGCUUCGAGGGUACGACUGAAGGCUUCUGACAUGACGCUUGCGCAUUGGGGCGAUUUUGCACAACAGUGGCGGAACAGCUACAAGACAUUUACGCGCAAACUGGCAGCGGACCCAGCUGUGCCGUGGAAGUCGGUCGAUGAGCAUCAUUUUGAGUCGCUAAAAGAACUUCUGACACAAUGGGAACUGGACGGCUUGUGGAGUGAUGAAGAGGUACGCGCUCUGAGCCUCGUGUGGCAUCGGCUCGAUCCAUGGUCAGACUCGGCACAAGGUAUCACGCUGCUCAACCGGUUAUUCUGGACCGCUACACUCUCUAACGGAAAUGUGUCGCUGCUGUCGGACCUCAAAGUGCACUCGAAGAUCCCCUUCACACACCUGCUCAGCGCUGAGCUUUUCGGGACCUACAAGCCAUCUCCCGCCGUGUACAGGGGCGCUGCUGGGAAACUUGGUCUUCCUAUUAAGGAAUGCGUUAUGGUUGCAGCGCACUUGAAUGAUCUGCAAGCCGCGAAAUCCCAUGGUAUGCAGGUGGUCUAUGUUGAACGGCCAGGCGAGGAGGACUGGUCGGAUGAUGAAGUUGAUAAGGCGAGGGAUGCAGGAUGGGUUGACAUCUGGGUUAGCCUUGCUGAGGGCAACAGAGGUUUCGUGACGGUGGCAGAGAAGCUGGGUGUCGAACCUCCUGCAGGAUAUGCGAGGAAGUUGAGUUCUUCUGCCUAG